AUGCUCGUCCCGUUGAGGCCAAAACCGCACGGGAGCUCGCACAGACCGGCGUCCGGCCGAGCAGAGCAAGCUCGGGGCUCCCUAGACGGCAUCUCCGAAAAUGCCGUCCCCGGAAGCAAGCCAGAGCCCGGCCAGAGAGCGAAACGAUGGGCCGCCAAGACUAGGACCGGCUGUCUAACUUGUCGGGAGAGGCGCGUCAAAUGCGAUGAGCAAAAGCCUUUCUGCAAAAGCUGCUUGGAUUUCGGCAAGGAAUGCAAAGGCUACCAGCUGUCCAAGGACAUGAUGCUCGUAGAGUUUUCCAUCCCCGGCGCUCCCGACCACGAAUCCCUCAAGCUGGCCGAUCCCAAGGUCAUCCGGCAAGAACAAGGCUCCGGCGCGUUCCAGUCCACCAGGCCGUCGGUCAAGACGCACAUGGUCAUCCUCCCCGACGCCUUCAUCAUGAGGACCGUCAACCACAACAUCGUCACCGCCACGCAGCAGAGCCGCUGCCUCCCCAAACAUGGCACGCUGCCUUCGAUUGCCCACCUGUGGUGGCUGCUGUACGAGUACGUCGCGUCGACGAUGCGGGAGCUCAACCGCCUGAUCAGCGCGGGCGACGACGUCGACAUGAUCCUGCACUACAUCCUGUCCAUCUUUGCCAUCGAGUCAAAGGAGCUGCGGAAGGAACUGGAGCUGCUCGCAUCUACGUCUACAGGGGCUACUCCCUAA